AUGACCCGCGCUCAACAGACCAUCUCCAUCGCCCUCCUGGCUUCUUCCUUCUACCUCGCCCUGUAUCUCCAGCUCGUCCCGCUGCCAGUGGCCAUCCAAACCGAGGUCGUCCCUGUCCUUCCCUUUUGGGCCCUCGUGUCCUUUGGCGCAUACCUCCUUUUCCGUCUUGGCUGGAACGUCAUGACCUUCAACGAUGUGCCCGAGGCGCACAAGGAGCUCAUGUCCGAGAUCGAGCUGGCCAAGACCGACCUGCGCGGUCUCGGUGUUGAGGUCGACUAG